CACCGCAGCCAUUUUCAGGACUGCGUCAGCCUCCGUUCUCUGUGCCACCGCAGGCUGUGCUGGCCGGCUGCGCCAUUUGGAGCUCCGAUGUGGUCUUCACAGCCUCCAAGAACGGGUGCUGUGCCCAUGCCAAGUGGUAUGCAAGCUCCACCAAGAAUGUUUGGCAUGCCACCAACAAACUCGAUGGGUCAACAGGUGGCUCCAGUCCCUCCAGUGAUGGGGCACUCACCUCUCUCUACAUCCCAAAUUGGUGGGCCUUCAAAGAUUGAUCCUAAUCAAAUCCCACGUCCCACACCAAGCUCUUCAAUUGCCCAAUUUGAAACACGGCAAUCAAAUCAAGCCUGCAUUCCCCCGCCUGCGACAGGUGAUUUCAUUGUUAGGGAUACUGGAAAUUGCAGUCCACGUUUAAUGAGGUGCACCAUGAGUCAGAUACCAUGCACUGGUGACCUCUUGUCAACUUCUUGCAUGCCUUUGGCAUUGAUGAUACAACCCUUGGCACUUCCACAUCCAAAUGAGGAGCCUAUUCAGAUUGUGGACUUUGGAGAAGGUGGACCUCUUAGAUGCUCUCGUUGCAAAGGGUAUAUAAAUCCCUUUAUGAGAUUUGUUGACCAUGGGAGGCGGUUCAUCUGCAAUUUGUGUGGAUUUACUGAUGAGACACCUAGAGAUUACUACUGUAAUCUUGGUCCAGAUGGUAGGAGGCGGGAUGCUGAUGAGAGGCCUGAGCUGUGUAGAGGAACAGUUGAAUUUGUUGCCACUAAGGAAUACAUGAUUCGUGAGCCCAUGCCUGCAGUUUUUUUCUUCCUCAUUGAUGUCUCAAUGAAUGCCAUACAAACUGGUGCCACUGCAGCAGCCUGCAGUUCAAUCAGCCAGUCUAUUGCGGAACUUCCGGAAGGUCCUCGCACAAUGGUGGGCAUUGCAACCUUUGAUUCGUCUAUUCAUUUCUACAAUCUGAAACGAGUUCUUCAGCAGCCUGUGAUGCUUAUCGUUCCUGAUAUACAAGAUGUUUAUACUCCGCUUCAUUCUGACAUAAUUGUUCAACUUGCUGAGUGCCGCGAACAUCUGGAGCAGCUGCUUGACAGCAUUCCCACCAUGUUUGAAAGUAAUAAAGUGGCUGAAUCUGCAUUUGGUGCAGCCAUUAAGGCUUCUUUCUUGGCUAUGAAGCCCACAGGAGGAAGGCUUCUUGUAUUCCAGUCAGUAUUGCCGUCUAUUGGAAUUGGAUCCCUUUCUUCACGGGAAACUGAUGGGCGAACAAAUAUCAGUUCCGGAGAAAAGGAGGCUCAUAAAUUGCUCCAGCCUGCAGACAAGGCUUUGAAAACUAUGGCAAUAGAGUUUGCUGAGUAUCAGGUUUGCGUUGAUAUCUUCAUUACUGCUCAGACAUAUGUUGACAUUGCUUCCAUCUCCACCGUACCGAGAACUACUGGAGGACAGGUGUACUAUUACUACCCAUUUUCUGCUCUUUCUGAUUCUGCUAAGCUCUACAAUGAUCUUAGAUGGAACAUUAGUAGACCUCAAGGGUUUGAGGCUGUGAUGCGGGUUCGAUGCAGCCAGGGUCUUCAAGUUCAAGAAUACUCGGGAAACUUCUGCAAGCGAAUUCCAACUGACAUUGACCUUCCUGCAAUUGAUUGUGACAAGGCCAUAAUGGUAACGUUCAAGCAUGAUGAUAAGUUUCAGGAAGAUUCCGAAUGCUCUUUUCAGUGUGCCCUUCUUUACACUACAAUCUAUGGACAACGAAGAAUUAGAGUUUCAAAUCUGUCGCUUCCUUGUACAAGCAUGCUUAGCAAUCUGUUCCGUGCAGCUGAUUUAGAUACACAAUUUUCUUGUUUUUUGAAGCAAGCUGCAAGCGGCAUCCCAGUCAGCCCUCUUUCUCAUGUUCGGGAGCAAAUUACAAAUCUUUGCAUCAGUAUCCUGCACUCCUAUCGUAAAUUCUGCGCCACAGUUUCAUCAUCUGGACAAUUAAUUCUUCCGGAAGCUCUCAAGUUUCUACCUCUAUAUACCCUAGCGCUGGUUAAAAGCAUUGGGUUGCGAAAUGACGGGAAGUUGGAUGAUCGCUCAUACUGGAUCACUCGGGCUGCAUCACUUUCUGUUUCUUUGGCUAUUCCAUUUGUAUAUCCUAGGAUGAUAUCCAUUCAUGAUCUUACUUCCAAGGAAGAUGAGGGCUCAAUAAUUUCUGCAACGAUUCCACUUUCUAGUGAGCAUAUAAGUGAAGAAGGAAUUUAUCUCCUAGAAAAUGGUGAGGAUUGCUUAAUCUACGUAGGGAACAUGGUGAACCCAGAUAUCCUUCAACAGUUAUUUGGAACUUCUUCUGUUGAAGGCUUUUCAUCCCAGCUGGUAUUACAGCAAUUUGACAAUGACCUCUCGAAGAAACUAAAUGAGGCGGUCAAUGAGAUUAGGCGCCAGAGAUGUUCAUAUUUACGUUUGCAGCUAUGCACGAAGUCCAAUCCAUCAGGCAUGCUAUUCUUUUCAUAUAUGAUUGAGGACAAGGCUCCUGGUUUCCUUUCCUAUGUUGAGUUCCUUGUACAUGUCCAUCGGCAAAUCCAAACAAAAAUGACAUGAGCCCACUGUGUGCUUUAUAAUUUUCUUUUGGUUUGCGCGGAGCAUUUGAUUUGUAAAUGUUGCCUCCUUACUGAAGAUGGGAAGAGGACUUGAGCAAAAAUUCCGUCUAGAAUUUCCUGAUCCUGCUUGCUGAGGGCACAAUUACUGCUCUACGGUCUUAAUUAAACUCAAAGAGAUGUAUUUUUUAUUUUUCUCCGGACUGUAGUUUUUUCUCACAAUCUAUAAAAAUGAUAGGCUUUGGAAAGAGGUGAUACAGUGAGAAAUAAGUAGGAAAUUGCAGCUUUCCAUUCAUGAAUCCAGUUUUUUCGAAGUUUGGACUUGUUAUGGGUUUGAUGUAAGAUGAGGUGUGUAACGUGGAUAGGAAUCUAUAUGUUAGGCGAUUUAUACAAGCAUGGUGAUUGAUCACUGUUACUAUCAUCAAUAGAUGAAAUUUUCCUGUUCUUGUUUAUUUA